AUCCAGGUUAAAAAUAAGCCUUUAUUUCACAGGAUAUCCUCGCCACAUUCUUUGAUCAAGUAUUACGUCGUAGUGAUUGGAUCUGGUUAUGGGAGAUCCAUCGCCGCAAGCCGCUGCGCACGCGCUGGUCAAUCAGUGUGCGUUCUGGAACGAGGCAAGGAGUGGUUACCGGGUGAUUUUCCUGAGACUUUCAGAAAAGCACCAGAACAUGCACAAGUCAAUUUUGGUGGCAAGGGAAGAAAAUUAGGUAUGGCUCAUAAUCAGCUCGGAGAGAAAAUAAGUGUUUUUUAAAAGAGAAAUUGCGAGCUGUCUAUAAACACAAGUCAAACGAGAGUAUAAAGAUCGAUUUAAAAUGCUACUAUAAUAUUGUUGAUCUUGAAGACAAUAACUUAGUGAAAAGUCAGACCUUCCUUAUGGUAAAUCUAUUUCACGAUAACAAUCACGGUUAUUCUCACUGCAGUGUUCUGCAAUUUUGUUUUGCCAAAUUACCUUGGGUCUUAAAAGGAUAAGGUACUUUCAAGCAAUUUCCACGUACAAAGAGCCUGGAAGAAAUAACGUCUGCACAAUGUCAGUUGUGACAGUGUUUAGGGUUUACGAAUUAUAAUCUGAAGAGACUUCCUCUGUACAUUUGCGUUAUAAUUGAUAAAGUUACACAUACUCAGUGCAAAGAAAGCUCUCCCCAACAGAUGCUAGUCUCGACUAAUUUCUAGGUCAGCCCUCUGAUUUACACGAACUGAUCGUCACUGAUGACCUGGCAGUGGUUCAAGGGUGCGGUCUUGGUGGGGGUUCUCUGGUGAAUGCCAAUGUGGGACUGAAAGCGGAGCCUGGGGUGUUCCAGGACCCGGUAUGGCUAGAAGAACUAAGGUACGACGUGGAUCAGUUAUUGACAAUCGAUCAGCAGCACUUUGUUGAUAUAAUAAAACCAACGCCAUACCCUGACAAUUACCCACCCCUUAAAAAAACUUGA